AUUUGAGGAACUUUCAAUUAUUUUCUUGUGCCUUUCACUUUCCAUUUGCUACUGUACAAUAUAAAUUCAAUAUUAGGGAUCAAUCAUUAGAACCAAUGACUCUAAAUCCCCAUCUCCUUUCAGCUUUCAGUUCUUACUAAUUCCCAUUUAUGUGUACUAUUAAACCUCUUUCAAAGAAGACCCUUUAGGGUUUUACUAUAUUAGCUUAUGAAGUAUGUACCCAUUAUGAACUUUCUUGGAAUUCAAGGUCUUUUAUAUGUAUCUUCAUGUUUGAUAGGGAUUGUUUGAAAGUGAGUGUUAAUAAUUGCAUAAAGAUUUGCAAUUUACCCCGAGAAGCCAAUUCCCCCUUUGAUACUUCAUUUUAAGAAUCUCAUAACAGGAAAAGUAACACUGUUGUUGGAUUCUUAUAGCCUAUAAUGGGUGGGUGUGUCUCAACUACACAUUCUAGAGUUGCUCCUCACAGGAAGAAGUACACUAGAAGGUCUAGAAAAUGUCAUACAAAAUUGAGUACAAACUUAUGUGAUGCUCCUAUCAAAAGAAAAUCAUGUAGUGAUGCAGGAAAUCGGAUUUCUGUGAGUGAGUUUGUUCAAAUCGAUUUCGAGAAGGGAGGAACUACUACUUGUAGAAGAUCAGAAGUUUCUAACAAAUCAUUUCACCUAACCCAAGUGCAUUGGAACCAUGUUGAUGAAAAUGGAGUUUGUCAAGAAGAAGCAUGGUUUGACUCAGUGAGCAUACUUGACUCAGAAUCUGAUGAUGACUUUAUCAGUGUCUUUGGAGAUGGAAAAAUACUCAACAUGGCAAACUUAUGGUCAGGAGCACAUGUGUUACGUCCCCAGGCUGGGCUAUUAAUUCCAUGUGCAGACAGUGAAAAGCCAUCACCAGGCUCUUGGACUGCUAUAUCACCCUCUGUUUUUAGGGUCCGAGGCGAGACCUACUUUAAAGAUAAAAUUAAAAGCUCAGCACCGGGUUAUUGUCCAUAUACUCCAAUUGGUGUUGAUAUGUUUGCUUGCUCACAAAAGAUCAAUCAUAUUGCUCAGCACCUUGAACUUCCUUCUGUUCAAGCCAACAAUAGCAAAUUGCCAUCACUACUAAUUGUUAACAUUCAGAUGCCUGCCUAUGCUCCUUCGAUGUUCCUAGGUGAUAGCAAUGGUGAAGGCAUAAGCCUCGUUAUGUAUUUUAAGCUAUCAGACAAUGUUGAUGAAGAAGUUCCUUCAGAUUUCAUUGACAGCAUCAAGAGAUUGGUAGACAAUGAAACCGAGAAAAUUAAACCAGUCGUUCCUUAUCGAGAAAGACUUAAAAUCUUGUCCAGCGUAGUAAACCCCGAGGAUAUGCAGUUGAGUUCUACCGAAAAGAGACUUUUGAAUGCUUACAAGGACAAACCAGUGCUAUCACGUCCUCAGCACGAAUUUUUCAAGGGAACUGAUUAUUUUGAGAUCGACAUAGAUGUGCAUCGGUUCAGCUAUGUGUCCAGGAAAGCAUUGGAAUCUCUACGAGAACGUUUGAAGUCAGCAAUUCUCGAUCUUGGUUUGACUAUACAGGCUCAAAAGCAGGAGGAACUACCUGAAAAGGUGUUGUGUUGUAUGAGAUUGAACAAACUCGACUUUGUAAAUUGUGGCCAAAUACCGACGUUGAUGACCAUCGAUGAUGCGUAAAUUACGAAGAAGUUCACCGAGAAGCCUUACGAAAUCACUAAACGAGGACAGAUGACACAUGCUUUGUAUAGUUUAUCUGUAUUCAUUGUAAUAUUUUUAAGUAAUUACAUAGAAAAAGCCGCAAUGAUGAAGGCACGGAAGGAAAUCUAGUUUGUUUCGGGCGGUCCUUCACGAAAUCUUUACCGUCCUCAACUUCAUACUCGCCGUUCAUAUUAUAAUGAAUUCUCUCAACUUCUUUUGAAGUUCUAGGCAGACUCCGUCUUUGUUUGAGUGUAGCUAUAAGCACACAGAUCAUUCAUUUGUAUUAUUGUAACAUCAUUCCAAGAUUAAUUAGCACUGAAUAACAAAGUAAUUUGUACUCUUCCAUUCUCGGAA